CGUCCGCAUCAUUCCAAAUUUGAAUUUCGGCUGCCGCGCUGCUUACAUGCAAUAUCGCACGUUUGCCGCCAAAAAGGAUUAAAUGUCAUCUUGACGUAAUUUUUUUUUAAUUUGUGCUGCACAAAGGUUUUAGUGGUUUUGUGUUUAUUGAAGUGAAUAGUGAAAGUUGAACUUGCAAGCUCCGGUUACAGAAUGGCGUACAGGGAAUGAAUAGUCGUCUCGCCUUUGCAAUAUUGUGUGCGUCGUGGUCAGCAUUUCAACAUGGAUACAAUACGGGUGUCAUGAACGCACCGCAAGGAGUAAUGUCCGACUGGCUGCAAAAAGAAGUGCUGACAGGAACAAAUAUAACUCUACCAUCAAAAGACGACCCUAAAGUGACAACAGUAUGGUCUAUUACUGUAGCUAUUUACUGCGUGGGGGGGAUGAUAGGGGGGGUAAUAACUGGCUUCGUGGCUGAUAGAUUCGGCAGAAAAGGCGGUCUUCUAUGGAACAAUAUAUUGGUGUUCAUAGCUACUGCUCUAGAAGGAUUGUCUAAACUAGCACAGUCUUCAGAAAUGUUGAUUGUUGGCAGAUUGGUUAUUGGAAUAAACAACGGAUUGAACGCUGGUCUAACACCUAUGUAUUUGGCUGAAAUAUCACCAGUAUCUCUUAGAGGCUCGAUCGGAACAGUAUACCAGCUAGUGAUUACAAUAACUAUCCUCCUCUCACAAAUACUGGGUCUCGAGUCAGUACUGGGAACUCCAACUGGCUGGCCCUGGCUGUUAUCAGUGACUGUGAUUCCCGCUGUCAUUCAGUGCUGUACACUGCCGCUGUGCCCGGAGUCGCCGAAGUUUUUGUUGCUGAAUAGAGGCGCUGAGUUGAAAGCUCAGAGAGCUCUGAAUUGGCUUCGAGGUGAUGUAGCUGUGCAUGGUGAGAUGGAAGAAAUGCAUCAGGAAGCAGAAAAAAAUAAAAUUAGCAAAAAGGUCACAUUACGUGAACUCUUCGGCAAUCGUCAGUUGCGUCAACCUCUGCUUAUAGCAAUGGUGGUCAUGGUGGCACAACAAUUAUCUGGAAUAAACGCUGUUAUUUUUUACUCUACUGACAUUUUUAAAGGCGCCAAUUUGGAUACUGCACAGAGUCAGUAUGCUACGUUAGGUAUGGGCGCAAUGAACGUGGUAAUGACUGUAAUAAGCCUAUUACUAGUGGAGGUGGCUGGCAGAAAGACGUUACUUUUAGUUGGUUUUAGCGGCAUGAUGGCCUGCACUAUUGGGCUGUGUGUGGCUUAUAUAUAUACGGACUACGCGUGGGUGUCUUAUCUAUGUAUUGCAUUAGUAAUUCUCUUCGUCGUGAUGUUCGCUGUUGGUCCUGGAUCUAUACCCUGGUUCCUUGUAACUGAAUUAUUCAAUCAAGCGGCUAGGCCCGCGGCUUCGUCUGUAGCUGUGACUGUCAACUGGACAGCUAACUUCAUUGUGGCACAGAGUUUCUUACCGCUAUCCUUAAUACUUGGCACCAACGUGUUCCUCAUAUUCGCAGCUCUACAGUUCAUAUUCAUAUUAUUUAUUACCUUCAAAAUACCAGAAACAAAGAAUAAAACUGUCGAAGAAAUCACGGCUAUGUUCAGGCAACAACUGUGAUUUUAUAACCGUUAUUUUUAGUUAUUUUUUAUAGCGGUACGUUAUAACUGUUAUUUUUUUAACGGUUUUCGUUAUACAGAUAAAAUAUUUUUGUAUACUCUGUACAGCUUUAUACACUGUAUUAAAUGUUCAGUGAAAGUAAGUUAACGGUAAAGAAAAGUUUUUAUGAUUUCUAUUUACUAAGAAAUGAACAAAAAUAAAUAUUACUGAAUCAUACUGCCAAUUUUGAUAACAAUUUAUAAGGUGUAGUGAAAUAUACUCAUAUCAAGUUUAUAUGUAAAAAAGGCCCCUAAAGCCUAUUUUUUAAUACAUAUUUUGUCAUUCUAACUGAUAGAUAAGCCAAAUGGAACAUAUCAGGAUACUGUAAAACCGACCUAAUGUACAUAUUUAUUAAGUUCAAAUUGAUUUGUGUUACAUUAAAACAUUAAAAUUAAUUUAGAAAAGGCGACGACAAUCUGUUCAAAGUCAAGCAAUUUUGCAGCGUUUUGAGAAGUUAUUUCCACAUCCCAGAAGUUUAGACUUUUCCCUAAAUGUACUUUUUAUUCUCGAGUAAAUUAAAGCAUUUAAUGUAAUGGUGCAUUUACAUCAAACGAGCGAAUGCUCAUUCUAAACCCACUAUACCAAAUUAGUGUAAACAGGCGUAGAGCAGUCUUUCGUUGUUCUUAGUGCGUU